GACCGCGCCCGCAGCCCCGCGCAUGCGCGGCUGGCCCCGCCCCUUCCUGCGGGCAGCGGCGGCCCCGCGCCCGCCUUGGCUCGGGCGGCUCGUGCUGUGGAGUUCCGGGCUGUGCGACGAGUUUCCCCUCCGAGUUACAGCCUUAGGUCCGUUCAAGUGAGCUGCCGUAUUGCACGACUCGAAAUCCGAUGCUUUGGCAACGCUAAGCAAGAGAGACAGAGAUCUCCUGCUUACCCAGCAAGGAAACCAUGGGAAGCUAGCUUCUCAGGAGUGCAGGGAAGGAAAUGGAAAGGUGAAGGUACUACUAAAAACCUGGAAAAUAUUGUCAUUGGAAGAUGCUAUGAUUAUAUUAGAAUUGUGAACCCUGCUGUUGGUGAGAAGAAUUGUUCACAGAUAUGGGAAGCAUUUAAAAAUGCAUUUAUUAACAAGGAUCCUUGCAGCAUUCUGCCUAAGGAUUAUGAAUUAUUUAUCAACCUGUCAUUGCACACAAUUCCACCUAACAAGUCUCUCUUCUGGGAAAAUAAUCAGCUACUAGUCAAUCGCUUUGCUGACAGAGGACGUCGCUACAUGUCUCUGGGUGAUACUCUGUUUGGCUUCUUUGGAGAUUUUCUAAACUGGUGUGGGCAGGCAGACAGCCCUGGACUGGACUAUGAAUCCUGCCCUACCACGAUGGAAUGUGAAAACAAUGCGGUGGAAUCUUUCUGGAGGAUGGCCUCAAUCACUUAUGCACAACACAGCUCUGGGGUGAUACAUGUCUUGUUGAAUGGUUCUGCAGACGGAGGAGCUUAUCCACAGCCCGGUUUUUUUGCAGAUUAUGAAAUACCUAAUCUCCAGAAAGACAGAAUCUCACAAGUUGUCAUUUGGGUUGUGGAUGAUAUUGAAGGACCAGAUAUAGAUUCCUGUGGAUUUCAUAGUGUAAAGAUAUUAGAAACCAGGCUGAAAACUCUUGGUUAUGAUGUCAUUUGCACUGACAAUAACAAGUCUGUAAUGUUCUUACUCUGCCUGGAUAAUCCUGAUAAUUCUAAGUGUGCCCUUGCAUCAUCUGCACCAGCAGCACAAAGAGGACCUAUAUCUUCAGACAGAGGAUGCAGCUGGAACAAGCUCAUGAUUGUUUCUUUUGUAGGCUUUUUGUUCAGAUUUGCUUUAGUGUACUAAGUUAAUCAACUGAAUCCAUAUCCUCUGUUUGCCUUAGCUGGCUAUAAAUUUGGCUUCAGCUGAUUUCUAACUGCAGUUUCACCCUGCUUUUGGGACUGGCAAACCUGCAUAUUAAAACCUUGCUUACUAGAUACUGGGUUCUUUUAGUAUCAAAAAUUAUCCCACUGCUGCUAGAAAGCCUCACCCUUCAUUUUCUUUUCUCUUUGUAGAAGUUCAUUGCUAUUUCCUCUUAUCUUUAUUCUCCAGAAUUAAACUGAGAAUAAUACCCCCUGUUCACAUAUUUCAGAAAGAAAAGUGACACUAUGCCUGUCAUACAUCACCCACAGAGAUUACUUGUUUGUAAAUCCAUCCUAGCAUUUGACCUUUGAAACUAAAUAACUGAUUAUCAUGUUUUGGGAAGGCAAAUCAUACAUUCAGGUGAGAGAGAUCUUAGAUUGCUUACUUGAUACAGGAGGCAAUAGGUAAGACAGUGGAAAAGUAAACUCAUUUUCAUAAAUGGUACAGUACUUGGGCCAAACUUAAAAGCUAGAGUACAGCAAGAUUCUGGCUGCAUACUUCCAUACAGUAUUUUACCACAUAAUAUCAACUGCUUCAUCAUCCACACAGCUGUUCCUCAGCUGGCUGUUUCCUGGCCACUGGAUAGCAAAUAGUCAGAAAUACCGGAUCUAGAAAGUUCCACAGGUUUUUCCCCACGAUGUGAUUUAUGGUAUAUCAAAUUCAGAUAAGAACCUGCCAAGUCAGACAUUGGCCUGCUUGCAGUGAACUCAGAUAGCAGGGUUCAGAAUACACUGAGAAGAGAGCAGAUGCCAUCCUGAGGUUUCUUAAAUUACUUAUGUGAAUUCCAGUGUUGCAGCUAGAUGCUCCUCUAAAUCACCAAGACAUCCAGCUACCAAGCUGACACAUAAAUCUUCAGAAAUAAAUAGUUGUUCUACUAGAGAAUAACUUCAUGUAGAUAAUUUUUGGACAUUCUGUGUUAGCUUCUGCAUUAUUUGUGUUUGUUUUGACUGGUUGCCAGGAAACUGGGAGAGGAUGUUCCUUUUAUCUCAGAGAAUCUGAUUUAGGGGUCCAUAAUAGAUUUACAUCCUUUCAAUCCUUGAUACAACUGUAUCAUGUUGUAUGUUUGAAAGAUAAAAUAGUUAAAAUAUGUUGCUGUUGCUUAUUUGUCUUGCUUCCCUGCCUGUAAUAAUCUUUAACUGGGUUUUAAUGCAAAUCUCUUUAUAUUACACGCCUCUUUGGGUUUGCCUAGGUCACAGGUGAGUUUAGGCUCCAGCUUGAAGGAUUUUUUUGUCUGUUUCAGACACAAAAAAUACCGAAACUACAAAAGUACUGAAAUCAGAAGUUACAGACCUUUGAAAAUCUGGGCUGUAUUAUGCCUCAAAAUUGUUCCCUAUCUGUGCUGUAACUUUAGUCCUUUGAUUGGUUCCUUCAACAUUCUCUUCAUUUUUUAUUGUUUUAUUGUUUCAUGUUUUAUUAUUUACAGCAGCUGCCAGAGUAGUAAGAAAGGUAUCUGUAACACAGUCACAUCUGAGAUAGCUAAAAGCAAGCAAUUUUGAUCAAUCUUCUAUUUGCCCAGAGCAGAUCACUUCAUGACACAUUUUGGGCCACAGGCUGAAGAGGUAGUGUGUGUGAGACUCUCAGGUGUCGAAGCCGUCAUCAGGGCUGGUGUGUCCUACCUACUGCCCUGUAUGUGACAGUGUGUGUGAGAUCCAGAGAGCAGCUCAGUACGAUUAACCAGCCAUGUGCCUCUUAGGCAACUUCCAUCCACAAGCCAAGCAUCCCAGCUGGCCAACUUUUGCUUUCCAGCUUAUGAAAGCUUUCCAGCCUCUGCGCGUAACUGACUCCAGCAGCACAGUCAGUGCUGGCAGUUACACAUGGUACCAAACACACUGUAGAAAGUGCUAUAUAAUUCUGUUUUGAAAAAAAAUAAAAACAAACUAAGUAGGAUAGCUACAAUUCAAACAAUCGAGGUUGCUUUUACUGCGUAACCUUUUGUCAAGAACAGCACACUCAGAACCUCCUGCAAUGUUUUCUUAUUUCUAAUGUUCUUUCCUCUUUUCCCAUUACUUCAACUCAGUAGCAAAGACAGCAAUUUCUUUUCUAAUACCUGUUCAAUAAAGUGACUAAACUUGCUUAAAAAUCUUGCGAAGAUCUGUAAAGAUUUUUAGCUAACCAACUAAUAUAGCUAGUAAAAAAAAGCAACAAGGCAAAUUUCUAGAUGCAUAUGUUUCCUGAGAUCUUCAGAGGCAGCAAAUUUCAAGCUGAGUGUGAAUCAUUUGUUCUGAGUUUAACAUAAUGGUUUUAAUCUGUGCAAAAGAACAGUGUGACUGGCAUCUCGGAAGCUAAGGGCAGAGGUGUCAGCAAAGCAAGAAACAAUAAGGUCAUUUGUUGCUCCCAGAGGGAGGGAGAGACAUGAACAUGUCUUCUUUUUAUUUCUACAUCUAUAAGGAUGUGAAUAUAUUUACAGAUAUAUGUUACACCUAAGUGUUGACAAUCAGCCAGGUGAGCCUGUGCUAUGUCUUGAACACUCAGGAAAUGCUCUGAUUAGCAAUGUCUUAUGUAAGAGCUGUGCCAAAUGGGGAGAAAUCAUAGUGUCCAAAAGGCAUCUGCCCUUCUCCUUAAACUCAUGCAAGCCUGGGAAAGUUCACAAAUAUAUAUUCAAAAUGUUUCAACCAUUCCUAUUUGUACUAGCAGUACUAUAAAAAUGGCUGUCUCUGUGUGUGAUUUUAAGGGAGAAAAUGUUUCAGAUGAAAACAAUAUGUAUAUCACUUAAUUUUGAGUCCUGUUGGAUGCCAAAACACUGUGUAGAUCUACUAAUACCCAACUAUUUAUGGCAAAUGAAAACAUCAUGUACAGGAGCAUUACAAGGUGUUCUGCAUUUUUGAGGACAGACCUGUGGAAGUUACCGAGACAAAGGCAGUAUUUCCUGCUGUGCCCAUUUUGUGAACCACUUAAAAACUCUGUUAUCUCACUUUCUUCAUUCCUAUAUAAAAGUAAAUAUAAUCUCCCCUCCUACUAAUCUGGUUGGUGGGGUUUUUUUGUUUGGUUUUGGUUUUGUUUUUUUUUUUUGCUACAUGUGUUUCAGUCAUUGUAUCUGACAAAAGCUGAACUAAUUCAGAGUAGUUCCUUUUUCCAGCAUGUAUGUGCAUGCACACAUAUACAUCUGCUCACACCUGCUCUGCCUAUUUUUAAAUGCAAACUCUUGAGUGCUCUGGAGUAAAAAGUUAUGAGAAUAAAGCAAGGACAACUUGA